AUCGCCAGGAUGCUCUCCGACAACGUCACCACGACUGGGGGCGAAACGAAAAAAAGCUCCAAGCCCGUCAUGGAAAAGCGUCGCCGUGCCAGGAUCAACGCUAGUCUAACGGAACUGAAGUCCUUGUUACUGGAGGUCAUCAAGAAAGAGGGCACGAGGCACAGUAAAAUGGAAAAGGCAGAUAUUCUGGAACUAACAGUCAGACAUCUUGGACAAUUACAAAAGGAGCAAGUGACGGGUAUGGCGUCCACAGAUCCAUCAGGAUAUAACAAAUACCGUGUCGGUUUUAAUGACUGCUUCACCGAAAUGAGUCGAUUCUUGUCGUCAGAGAAAGAUAUCAACGUGGAAUUAAGGAUACGCAUAUUGAAUCACCUGUCAAACUAUCUGUAUGAACGUUCCCAGAAUCAAUUAUCAAACGGCACCUCAAGCGGAGCGGGUGGACAAGCCCAGCAGACUAUCUGUGUGUCCAGAGGAUCUGACAUCCAGGCCUUACUGUCCGGUUGCGUGUCUACAGGAACGGACGUUCAAGACAAAGUGUCCAAUGCUUCAUCCAAGUCGACCUGUGCUCCGCAAAGAUUGCUCCACGGAGUGCCCGAAAUUCGACCAACCUUCGUCCAAGUGGUCAACUCCGGCACAGCGCCAAACAUACAAUCCUCGAUAACUUCGGCGCCGCCGUCCACCAGUCACGACAGGCAUGCUGCCCACGUGACAACCACGAUGCCGCCUCCAGUAACAAUCGGCGGUGAAGCUGAAGUUCUACAACCAUGUCAAGCAAAUGUCGUACACUCCAUUCAAGACUCAUUAAACCAGGUGACUGGCGUCAAUAGUGAAAACAAUAUGCUACAGAGUCUUCACUUCCUUCCAACAAAAUUAACAAGUGGAGGCAUGACGUAUGUUCUUCCUGCCAAUGUCUCUGUGGUUCCCAGCGGAAGUAUCCCCAGUUACGUCAUACCUGUCUUUACCUCGCCAGAUUUGGCUUCAGGUUCUCCGAUUGGUUCACAGCAACCGUUGUCCCUAGCAACUAUCGCCACGCCGUCAGUUCCAUCGAGGUUUUUCAAAGAAGACGAGAGUUCGUCACAGUACCAAUCGCCCAGUGGUAGUACUUCUGCUUUUGUUCCGGAGGUCAAAGGUAUUUUACCAAGCCAAGGCUUUACACCAAUGUCGCCUGCAAAGUUGUCAUAUACGUCGAGUAGUAUUCGCUUACCCAUACGCGAGAACCAAGACAACAAGCCUACGACAUCAACAUUGUCUUCUGUGUUACAUGUACAUUCUGUAAGUGGCCUGUCUAUUCCGGUACCUUCCGACGUGAUUCGUGCAGUUCCGGAAGUGGCCCAAGAACGAGCCAAUAUGGCGGAACAUGACGUUAUGUGGCGCCCAUGGUAAUUAUCAAACUUUAUCAAACCGUGAUUAAAUUCAUUUAUAUGGUCGAAUGGUUUAACAUUAGGUUGAGUAUCAGUCCGCUGCGUCAAGGUGAUUCUUAUCGUAGAAUAAAUGAGAGAUGGGCAAUUUUCAACACAGUAAGGGACAAACUCCGGAAGGUGCACGUUCAGAUUUCUGAAAGCUGGGGCGUAGGCAGAUAUCCAUGUUUCCUUGAUGGAAAACUUACCGCUCAACACCACCUUGCUACUGCCAUUUCACAGCCACAGCUUUGACUGGAUGAGAAUAUAGGUUAUGUCAUUCAACGAAAAAGACACACCUUUCAUAAAAAAACACGACGGAGAUUUUCAUUUCCGUCGUGAUUUGGAUGAAAAGAAAGACCAAUGUCGGUUCGACAGUACGUUGGCAGACUGAAAGCAGCGGACUGAUGUUCAGACUAUCUUAAUAUACUGGCCAUAAUAGUUUCCUGUGAUUUUCAAGGUCUGCGAUAAUUUACUUACCGUCAUAUUUUAUAAUAUACAUGUAUAUUUAGUUUAUGGUACGCCAAAUUUAUCCGCGGUCAUGCGAAACCAGUGAUAUAUUUCGUUGCAUAUAUUUACACACGAACAAACUUUGGUUAAUUUUAGUAUAGAUUAUGUUUACACAUUAUAUACAUGUACGU